CGUGACUACAAACUGAAUCCGUCAUCCCUCUAUCAUCUAUAUAAAGUCUAUACAUACAUCCAUAAUACCCCCGUUGAGCGUCUCCGUCCUCACCGCCCUGAACACGACCGCCGUAAUUCUGAGGACGGGCCGGACUAAUCCAUUCAGGACCCCGCACCCAACCCCGCAUUACUACUCCUGCAUAUCGAACAAUGGCGACCAAGGAUUUGAUACCUGAGACUAGGGUUCUCACCAUCGCAAGCCAUGUCACCUAUGGAUAUGUCGGGAACACAAUGGCAGCCUUCGUGCUGCAAGCACUGGGCUGUGAAGCCUCGGCCAUAAACACCGUGAACUUCAGCAACCACACGGGAUACCGACAGGUCAAAGGCACGAAAGCGACAGCAGCUGAUAUCGACGAUUUAUACACCGGGCUAAAGAACUCGGGACUCGAUGACUUCGAUAUGAUGCUCUCUGGAUACAUACCCGGCAGGGAGGCAGUGGAGGUAGUUGGCACCAUCGCGCGGGAUUUGAAAUCCAAAGCUGCUGAGAAGCCGGGGAGUUUCUUCUGGGUGCUCGAUCCGGUGAUGGGGGAUAAUGGGAAAUUAUACGUUGCGGAGGAUGUCGUGCCGGCGUAUAAGAAGCUGGUGUAUGAUGCGGAUUUAAUCAUGCCGAAUCAGUUUGAAGCAGAGUGGCUCUCAGGCGUCAAAAUCACAGACGUGGAAUCGCUAAAGAAAGCUAUCACUUCCAUCCACGAAAUCUAUAAAGUCCCACAUAUCCUUAUAACAUCCGUCAACCUCACCGCGCUAGGCGAAGUCCCCUCUCUCUCAGUGGUAGGAAGCACGAAGACCUCACUGGAUAAACCACGUAUCUUCCGCGUCCAAGUCCCGUCACUCGACUGCUUCUUCUCCGGCACAGGUGACAUGCUCGCAGCGCUUAUGGUUGUAAGGCUGCGCGAGGCGGUAUGUGCUGUUGAGAGACUCGGCCGGAAAGAGUCGUGGGUGAGUGGUGAUGAGGUGUCUGAGACUGACUUACCGUUGGCGAGGGCUGUUGAGAGGGCGCUGGCGAGUAUGCAAGAGGUUUUGGCAAGGACGCUGGUGAAGAGGGAUGAGGAGAUUGCGGCGUGGGAGGCGAAGGUUGCUGCUAAUGGGGCGGGGGACGGUGUUGAUGUUGAGAAGACGAGGCAUUUGAUGAGGACUAAGGCGGCGGAGGUGAGGCUGGUGAGGAAUUUGGAGUGUUUGAAGCAUCCGGAGGUGAAGUAUCAGGCGGAGAAGAUUGAUAUUGUUGGGAAUUUGGCGAUUGGUGCGGUGUGAAGGGAGGUUUGGUGAGUAUAUGAGAACACAUUUAGAUUACAACUAUAUAGUAGAACUGUUGUUCAGAGUUGGCAAUGGAAUGAGAAUCACUAAACAGAGACGAUGCGAGCGAGAGAAUAGGAGACAGGUAGUUAAACCAAAUCUGACC